AUGGUGGCUGUGAGUUUAUUGCAGCGAGCUUCAGUCACCGCAGUGGCUGCUCUCUCAAGGCUACUCUCUCUCUCGAGGCUGCCGGCUUGGUGCUCUUCAAUUGGUGCCGGCUUCUUCAGUUGUGGCUUUCGGAAGACUGUUGUUACUGUGCGACACAGUAGAGAUCGUGGGAAAAGACUGUUUAUCAUCAAACCUUCUGGAUCCUAUGACAGGCAUUUUUUGAGUUUAAUGAAAUUCUACAUUUUGUUGACUGGGAUUCUAGUAGCAAUUGGCAUAACUCUGGUGAAUAUAUUCAUUGGUGAAGCCAAGUUAGCAGAAAUUCCAGAAGGCUAUAUCACAGAAUACUGGGAAUACUUCAAGCAUACUAUAUCAAGAUGGAUUUCCAGAACUCUCUUUGAUGACUUUGAAAAGAAUUAUGAAAAAGAAAAACCAAUGGCUAUCCCUCAAAUUGAAGCUGAAAAGGCUGAUUUAUGGUUACAGGAGAUAGAAACACAAAGGUUAAUGCUUGAGAGAGGUGAUGGUCCCUGGUAUCAGUAUCUGACGAUUGAUAAGGUGCUGAUUAAUCUUUCUCCAAAAGCAACUCCUGACAACUAA